AUGGGAACUACCCCCGCUUUGGCCGGGAUCGUACGUCGCCUUCGAGGCCAUGGGAAUCGAGGGCAGGCUUUGGAGAUGGCGUGCCUUGUCGUUUACCCUCAAGGACUCCAUGGAAGUCUGCCGACGUGCCGGUUCAGCGAUGACGAUCGCGUCCGCCUGCAAGCUCUGGAGGAGCUGUCGAUCUUUGACAUCGACAGUAACGAUUCGGGCCUAAUGAUCCGCACCCCGAACCUCGAAGAGGUUUGGUUCGAAGGUUUGGCGCUGUGGUUAUUGAACGAGCACACCGGAUGGGAGAACGUCAAGAAACCGAGUGCGGCAACACCGCCCGGUCUCAGUCGUACGGCUUUCGCAACGAGCACGGCACAACGGCCGUGA